UUGCACUUGACGGACAGCUGCACUAGCCGGCGCUGUCAUUUUUCCUUCGUCCAAUUUACUCUACCGUAGCCUUAUUGUAUCAUUUCCGGUUGUAACUAUCUCUCCUGAUUGUUGUGUUGUUUAAAGCAUUGUGUCUUCUGCCACAGUUUACAACUUUACUCUAAUGAGUGCAAGUUGUACAUGAAUGUAUGUACACAAGAUGAGCGUUGCAGGUAGACAUAAUACGCGCACCCCAACUGACCCAUGAUACUCUCUGCAUAUGCUAAUGUGGCUCUAAACACGAUACUGUUAACGACGUACGGCGAUAUAUUUUACAACAAUGACCUUCGUCUUUGACCAUCAAGGCUGAUCGUACAGUAAUUUUUUCAAUCAUCUUUACCAUGAACGGCAAAUUUUGUUGCGUUUUCUGAUCGUUUCCUUGGACAGUUUGUGGAUCUUACGAAUUAUUGCAUAUUCACAAUUAGCACGCGGGUGAAAAUAUACUGAAGACUUGAAUUAGGUAGACUGAGCGACAUUGUUGAUGGUGAAUCUGAAUUACUGUACAGCUAUUGCGGAAAUUGUCCAUCACCUACUCACACGAAUGAAAGAUAAGCCGUGUACUGUUGCAUCUGCAUGACCUUUAAAAAUGAUCGAGGCUUCAGCCAUGUCUGGGAUAAACUGGAAUGAUUAAUGCUCGUGGACGGCUACAUCGAUUCCAGACGAUACAUUGACACCAUGGAGGCGAUAUUUUGUGUGGGAAGUGUUUUUACUUUUGUACUUAUUCUGUGGAUGGAAUUUUGUUCUGCCUUGAAUGAGACCGCUCAAAUCCUCGCAGUAAAUACUACUCAGCUGACAAUAACACUGAAUGCGGACGUUCCGAACAACCUCACGUCUGCGCGAAACAUAAGCAGCAGUAGCUGCGUUGGAAAAAAUGGAUUUUAUCCGGAUCCCACCAAAGCUUGUGCGGUAUAUUAUCUCUGUUCUCCAGAUGGAUCUCGUGUGAUAUUCGAAUGUCCACCAGGACAAAGGUUUGACACUGCGGAUCAAGCAUGUGUCAAUGCAACAUUGGUGCAGUGUGCCGAAGAAGUGAAUGUAAUAAAGCCGGUGACACCAGCUAGUAGAAAGCGCUUACGAGCAUUCGGCCCAGAAAAUUUUGCCGUAACGAGUACGGACUUCUCCGACUGGAAAUCUGUUGACCACCUUGCCCUAGAAUCUGAUCUCAGCGACCAAAUGCAAACUGUCAUACCAGAUGACAGACCCAUCACAACGUCCAUUCCCUACAGUAACGAAUACGCUACCCAGCUGCAGUCGCGUAUCGGUGGCAUCUUCUCCAAAACGUCAUCUUCACCAUUCGUUAGCCCGGUGGCCUCGAGCUCCAAUACGGUCAACACGGUGCAGCGUUCGCCGGCGGGGGUGUUUGACUGUCAGAAUCGACGCGGCUACUUCCCCGAUGUGAUGCAGAGGUGUAACAGUUAUUACUUUUGCGACGGAACGGGUCGUGCGCUGAAAUUCCAGUGUCCGUUGGAUCUGGCAUUCGACCAGCCGAGUCAGGCUUGUGUGUAUCCGCAUAAAGCCAUGUGUCCCUUUCCACAAGAUGACGGUAGUGAUUUCAACAAUAAGCAGCUGAAUGUCGCCAAUAAUCAGCAGCAAGCCGGCAACAUGCCUAGCUCGUCCAGCUUCUCUGUAAACAACCAAAUAGCCGGUGGCCAACAGACAGGAAGCCUUUUGGGCAACGGACAACAAGGAAGUGUUUCUUAUUCGUAUCAAUCGACGCCAUCGGGCCCAACAACAGGAGCCCAGAGUUUGACCGGUUUCCCAGCCGGUCAAGGUUUCCAGUCAGUUGGUGGUUCGGCAACUGCUUCAGGAAAUACCGGGACAACAGCAGGAUUUGGUAAUGGUUUUAACCAACAGAGUGCAUCGGGGCAGCAAGGAAGUUUUCAACAAGGAAGUUUCUCCCAAGGACCCUACACUGGAGGACAGUCAAUAACCUCGUCGCCUAGUGUUUUUUCAUCACCGAAUUCCCAACAGCAGAUUGGUAAUCAAGUUGGAUCCCAGCAGCUACAACAACCGUUUCCCCAACAAAUAGGAUUUCCAGCUGGAUCUCCGAUAAAUGUCCCAAACCAGCAGCAAAAUGGAGUUACAGCACAACAAAAUCAGUUUACUCCGAAUCCUCAAAAUGUUUUUAACGGAGGCCAACAAUCCUUUCAGUCUUCGUCCACCGGGGGAUAUGGAUAUGGUCAAUCUCAAGGAAUUACAAACGCACCUGGAUUGGGCAACUUUAACAGGCCGGGUAUCGGUUCCACCCAACCUCAGCAGUCGUUCGGCGGUCAACAACAACUGCAGACUCAACAGCAGGCACCUGCGUUUUCAGGUGGGGGGUCAUAUGGGGUGCCCCAAGGUGGAGGCUUGCCUAUUUCCGGGACGACCUUCCAGCAAAUUGCUCCGCCUGCGCUAAGCACCGGUAUUAUGCAGUUAGCACCUGGGAAUUCUCAGCAGACUUCGUUUGGCUCUCAGGGCCAGUUUUCCAACUCCAUUCCUCAGCAGCCAUCACGACCGUACCAACAGCCGCCUACUCAGCCACCUUUUCAACAACCUCUCCAAUCAGGAGGGUUUCAAACACCGACACAACCAGCAGGCCAGUUUCAGACGCCAACGCAGCCGGGGCAAUUUCAAAGUCAGCAGACUCAACGGCCACCGUUCCAGCAAGCUCAGCCCAAUACUUUCCCGACACAACAACAGACACAGCAGCCAAGCUACGCUACAUUCGGUCCCGCUGGCGGAUAUGGUGGUGGUUCUCCUGGACCUUCUCAGCAAAUUAUCCAGCCGCAACCAACGCCUUCCUUCACACCACCAGCUUCCCCACCACCUCAAGUUUUUACACCAGGACCUAUAGGCCCCGGUUUGCCGACACAACCACCAUUUGCCACGUUACCGGGAUCAUCCGCAUACGGCGGGGGCAAUGCCCAGCCUACCAAUCCUACCGCACCGGGUGCAGGUCAAACUGGCCGCGACGAGCCGCCGGUGUCACCGCCACCGGCAGCAAAUACGACGACGCAAGUUGUGCCGCCUAUGGAAGGAGUUGCACUCUCGGUGACGGCUGUAACACCCACACCGGCCAAUGUCACCAAAUCAACACAGGCUUUAACGGAAGCACCGGUGCCUUCCAUACCGCAGAUCGAUGCUUCCUGCAACGGUUUACCCAGGGGUUUUUAUCCUCUCCCGGGAUGCCGGAAGUAUUUUUACUGCUCCACAUUUGGCGAACGUCUGAACUAUUCCUGUCAGACAGGGAAGAUGUGGCAUCCACAACGGUCGUUAUGUGAAGACGAAGAGAAAGUCGUUUGCCCUGUGCCGGCUUCCAAAGAUAAUCCGUUCGAAUUACAAGCGGAUGAUGCGCUUGGUUUGCCUGGUCAAAAAGAAGUUAUUUGUGCCGGAAGGAUAGGGAAUUUUCCUGAUACCGUCUCGGGAUGCCGCCGAUUUUAUCGAUGCUUGCCCAACGGUCAGAUCGAGAAGCAUCACUGCGCGGAAGGAAUGCUUUUUAGUAUACAGCAAGAUAUUUGUAUGACCCGAGACCUGGUGAAAUGCGGCAACCAUACAGCUCAGACCGUUACCGGCGAAACAACUGGUUUCACCGUGACAACAUCACCCUUCGGUACUUUUCCACCAGUUAUCCCGACCAAUAAUCCGCAAACUUUCUGUGGCCAGUUGCCGCCUGGGCGGUAUGCCAAUCUGCAAGAUGGAUGUCGCUCUUUCUGGAUUUGCGAUGAAACCGGUCUGGAUAAAGUGCAAAGUUGUCCACCGGGGCUGCUUUUCGAUAACACCGUCCAAGCCUGUGACAGUCCACAGAAUGUGGAUUGUACGAACCGAAUAACCAACCAGCCCGCAAAUGACGGCGAGACCUUUAUUCGACAAAAUUCUAUUAAGCCAUUCGUGACUUCCACCAUGGUGCCGCAAAUUUCCAACUUUAACUGUGCCGGUCAAGGUGGUUUUUUUGCUGACCUCCAGGCUGAUUGCAGAGUUUAUCACUAUUGUGGCAACGACGGAAAAGCCUUCAAUUUUACCUGCCCUUCUAAUUACCGGUAUUCCGAAGCCAAGCAAGCCUGUGAUGUUCCGGAACUAACACCGUGCGAAACCAAAUUCAUUACGCCACAAGGCACGUUUACAUUUAUGACUGCGACUGGAUUUACGCUUCCUCCAUCCACCUUCGCAAUGACGUCCCCGACUGAAAUGCUGCCGGAAGCUUCGCAUCUCCAGCCUGCUGUCGUGGAUCCGGCACCUGAAGAUACGUUGCAGAACCGAUGGUUUAAAUUUACGGAAUCGCCAUUUUUUAAUAAAGCGGAUAUGUCAAAUGAAUGGCAUGCCUUGCGACCUUUUAACGUUAACGACAACUUACGAAUGGGCAGAAUGAUGACGCGCCAAGGUCGCCCUGCGGUUGCCCUUUUGUCGCAAACUUCUCCAACAGGAACGCAAAGCUCGAUAAUACAAAACCUUACUGCAAAAGCGGGAAACGAUCGCCUGAAAUCCAGCCAAAGAGUGCGCAAUCACAACAAUAAUUUCGAUUUUCAGCAAGGAUUUUUCGAGGACCAGUUUCAGUUUCAACCACCACCUCGUACACCGCUUCCCAAUGAAUUUUUUUCGCAGGACAACUUCACCCCGUUUGUGCGACCUCACUUGAGAGAACCCGGACAGCUGGUUGUUAAUGCCGAAAGUACACCGUUUGCACGGCCGAAUUUUCGAGAACCCAGUCAAUUUGUCAAUAUGGAGAAUAAUCCGAACAUUCCGUUUAUCAGGCCACAUCUCACCGAACCCGGUCAACUGGUUAACUCGGGACCGAACGCCUUUAUGAGAAAUCCCGAUCCCCGGCUGAUCAGCCCUCAGAAUUUUUUCGAAAAUCAAAACUUCGAUUCCAACCUCAGAACCCCGCUGAACGGCUUACCACGACCUCCGGUUACGGAUAAUUCAUUUCCCUUCAAUCCUCCAGCUCAGAUACCGUUCCCGCCGGCAAAUCCGAUUUCUUCCGGAAUGAAUGGUCCCUUAGUACAAUUAACACCUCCCACACCGUUCCCACCGUUCAACCGUCAGACGGAACCCGAAUCGAUAUUCAGUCAAAUUCAGGAUACGGCCAACCCACCCACAUUGCCACAGCAGUUUACGACAGGACCUUUCCCCGGACAAUUUGAGCAUUUUAACCCGAAUGCCAACUUCAUUGCCCACACCGAGUUUAUGAAACAGCAGCCCAUGACCACAUUCCCCACACCACCACCCAUUAAUCCAUCUUUCAGUUUUGAAGACCCCGCCUCACGAUUGGAACCGCAGUUCGUGCAGACGCCCAUCAUUACCACUGUAGCGCCGCUGCAAGUGGAAGUCUUGACUCCCCCUCCGACUACGACCACCACGACAUUUCGUCCACUGACCAGGCCGAUUGAAUGCCCACUGGGCAGGAUGGGCUACUUUGCCGAUCCAUUGGUCGAAUGUCGGCGGUAUAUUUUCUGCGAUGGGAAAGGCGGCCGCGCGGAAUACACAUGCCCGCCGGGAAUGGCCUUCAACACCAGCUUGGUGGCGUGCGAUCUGGAGAUUUUCGUGCACUGCGAAAAACCUUCGGAGCUAAUGCCAUUUAGUCUCACGCCCACCGCCACGCCCUCCAUUCCUACGGCGCGGAACGCUUGUUUUGGACGCACAACGGGAUAUUAUGCUGAUUUCACGUCGGGAUGUCGAGAAUAUUUUUACUGUGCUCCUGCUGGUGUUAGUGGGUUUUCGGAAAAGAUGGAUUUCCACUGUCCGGCGGAUUUCUUAUUUGAUGAAUAUAGAGGUGUUUGUGUGGAGAAUGGUCAGUGCAUGGUUGUCGAGAAGCUGGCACAAGAUCAACUGGACGCUGCGGCUUCGACCAAUCAGGGAGUUUCUCGGCUGCAGGAGCGGUUUCCUCGACAGUUCGAUAUUUCAUGGAGUCAUCCCAACGAUGCCAAUUCUCAAUUUACGCUUCCUGCGCUGCCAGAGAGACAAAAGGACGAAGCUGUAAUUCCGUGCCGAGAAAACGGCAAAUUUGCCGAUUUCGAUUCAGGCUGCAUUGGCUUUUGGAACUGUGAAUCACCUUUCCUUUUUGCCAAAUUCGUCCGCUGUCCGCCUGGAAAUUUGUUCGAUCCCAUUUCCAAGCACUGCAUCGCUUCGUAUUUGGUACAGUGUCUUCCAGCCCCCGACCAACCUGAUAAAAAGGGGAAGACCGCUAAAUUUAGCUGUUUUGGCCGAAAUGCUGGUUUUUAUGCAGACAUCUCUGAUGGUUGCCGUAAAUUCCACCAUUGCACAGUAGACGGCGACAUAUUCAGCUACACGUGCCCUUUCGAUUGGAUUUUUAACGAAAAAGUUGGCGAAUGUGUCCAACCAGACAACCAUACCUGCCCGGUGUUCGCGAUAUCGAAGUAUAAUGAUUUUGACUGUUUUGGUAAAAGCGGCUAUUAUGCUGAUUUCGGACAACACUGUCAAGUCUUCCAUUUGUGUCGACUGAAUGGUUCCCGCACAACAAUGUCCUGUCCACCGGCAAUGGUUUUCGACGAAAACGAAGCAAAAUGUGUAUAUGGCAAUAUGUGCGUCCCACCCUUACCGCCGGCUGAACUGUUUGAGCAGUCACUUGGUGGGUCUCCGGCUCUUCCCAGGAUUUUUGAAUGCCCACUGGGUUCGACCGGGUAUUUUGGAGACCCUUUGUACGGCUGCCGGGUGUACUGGCAGUGCGUAGAUGGUCUAAAACUGCAGAACAGAACUUGCCCAGGUUACCUUCGUUUCAACGCAUCAACGGAAAUUUGCGAGCGCCCAAAUCAUGUUAUUUGCUUGGACCCUCUCAUGCUGGAGCUGAUAUUCCCUGGUCUCAUUCGGGGGCCUUUUACGCCCGAUCUAAUUCCAAGUGCUCCCACGCAGCAAUUAGUUAGCGACGGGUUCAGCGGGUUUCCUACAGCAGCAUUUUCCCCUAAAUCGGAAGUCAUUAAUGGAAUGAAACAAUUUUGUGAACCUGGCUUCUACGGUUAUUAUGCCGAAGUUCGCAGUAACUGCCACACAUUCUUCCACUGUGAACGAGAUCUAACGAAAAAAAAUUACGUGUGUCCGGGGCACAUGAUGUUCAAUGAAACUCUUGUACGAUGUCAAGAGCCGGGGCUUUCUGGAUGUAUGUCGACCAGACCACGUUCAUUAUUUCCUCAAAAUACUGAUGUUCAGCUGGACAUAGGUCACGCAAUCUCUGGAAAUAUGUUGUGUCGAAAUCGUGUGGGACUAGUCGCUGAUGUGGCAACAGGGUGUCGACACUUCCUAAUGUGCCAUCUCAAUGGAACUUUUUUCAAUCAAAGUUGCCCUGGAGGCUUAUUAUUUAACGAAAAAUCUUCUUUCUGCGAGUGGCCAUUCCAUGUACGCUGCGGGGAUUCGAUAACUUCGCAAUCCGGUUUCGGGUCCAAUUUCGCGAUGCCAAAUGGCCUUACACGGGAAACGAUGCCGGCAGAUCUCAGCUUGCGAUUUGGUUCAAAUCUUUUUACGGCAUCCGCCGCUUCUCCAUCGGCUCGCAGUAUUGCCGACACGCACGGCACUGUAUCGGAUGGCUUUAUGUCUAAUAAAGCUGAUCCUACAGUGCAAUUCCCAGCUACUCGCACAUCGUCUCUCCACAACGUCCUCGAGCAAGUGCCCACCGAUCCCUUUUCCAUGGCUAAUGUAAAAGUCGGUUCUGCCUUCUUCCACCCCGGAGACAUGGCCCCGGAAACAGCGCGCUCGCAUCCUGGCGUCUUUGUCCCGCAGUUUCGCCGGCAUUUCCCCGAAAGCAUGAUCAGUUCCGGUAGCCACAGCCUGGACACCUUUCCCAUGAAGCCAAAGAAUCCUGGUAGCCAGCCGUUUGGCCCAGCGCGGCCUAUUAUUUUUGAGAAUACCGGUCUGUAUGGACCCGGUCGGCCGAAAUGGUUUCCUCACUUUACGACGGCCGGAACGACGACAGUGGCCACUACGACGGCAGCACCGACAACCACCGCUGCUGCUGCUGUAGAGGAGCUGGAGUAUGAACCGGAAGAGGGUCUGAUGCCGGGUGCGACAACGGCGGCGCCGGCAGCAGUAGUAACCACCGCCGCGGCGGCACCGGCGAGGGCAAUGCCGUUGAUCAUGGAUGGGCUCGCAACAGCACCCCCGGUACUGAACGACGCGCUUACGGCUAAUACCAAGCCUACGGAGCCGCACAAAACGUACGGUGUGGAUUGUUAUGGGAAGAGAGGAUAUUUUCUCAGUCCAGGAACGGGAUGUAAAUCGUACGUGUUCUGCAAACCGAGUGGUGCACUGUACGGAUUUACAUGUCCCGGAGAAUACUUGUAUAAUGCUGACAAAGAAAUCUGUGAUUGGCCGGAGAACGUGCUCUGCUUGGCUGCAAGCUCGCAUUCCGUUCCUCAGCCUCCAAAUCAACACUGGCAAAGGUCUGCAGUGGACAUCGCACCCCGGCUGCGUCGUUCUUUACCCUUUACUUGCCCCUACGGAAACGCAUACUUCGCCGAUGUUGCCAGCAACUGCUUGAGUUUUUUCUACUGCUCUAAUAACGGAACCGUGAGCAUGUAUGACUGUCCUGAUCGGCAACUGAAAUUCGAUGAAUCCCGGGGAGUUUGUGACUGGGGCAAAAGAGUUAAAUGCGCAAACGAAACGGAAUAUACCGAAGCCACGCAGUCGCCUGUAGCCCUUGAAAUUUACCAGGAAAUAGUUGCAAAUCCUACUACUGCGUCUAGCAAUACUGGUUGCCCAUCUACCGGGUUUUAUGCCGACUAUUCUACCGAUUGUCACGGUUUUUAUUUUUGUGGUCCGGAAGGUAACCGCCUGAACUACUCAUGUCCCGAUGGAUUAGUUUAUGACGAAAUCCAGGAAAAGUGCACAAAUUCCACUAUCGUAUGCAAAGAGCACAAAUUGUGGAAAAGUUAUGGGAAGCGCGUUCGUCUUGUGACCCGAACUCGACUAAUCUCAGCGAACGGAGAAUCCUCGUUAGAUUGCCGGAACCGGCGCGGAUUAUAUGCCGAUCCGCGCAGUCGUUGCUUCAAUUUCUUUUAUUGUUCACCGCAAGGCCUCAAGUUUGAGUACUCCUGUCCAGAAAAUAUGGCUUUCAAUAAUGCGCUGAAUGUGUGCGAUGAACCGUCGAAUUCCAGUUGCUCCGUAUUGCCAUGAUCACGAUGUGCAGUACUGUUGUUUAAUGUGUAAAAGAGACAUAUUAUGAUUUUGUAAAGAUAACUCUGUUUAUUUAUGUUUGUAGCUUGUGCUGUAAUUUAUAAAAGCUGCAGGAAUGAUGUUUGUUAAAUGAAUGUUUAAAGAUUAAUAUGCAUUUGAAGUCCAGAUUAUGUCGGCCGGUGACACGAAAGGUGGACAGCGGUUGCUUAUGCAGUAAGAAUUAUGGAAAUUGUCGUUCUUAUGGUUUUCUUGGAAGAGCGUCGCAAUAACAGAAACUUCCUCGCUUCG